AUGGCCAACAAUUUCUUUGACACGGCAGCAGAGCUGGGUGACGAGGAAGACGAGGAGUUCGACGAGGAGACUGGCGACGUGAUUCCGAAGGCCAAAAAGCCCAGCGCCGAAAACUUGGACGACUCCAGCGAGGAAGAUGAGGAUGAAGAUGACGACGAAGAGGCAGCCCGCGCGGUGCGCGAAGGUUUCAUCGUAGAUGAAGACGAUGAAGAUGAUGAAGAAGCUCGUGCGGAACGCAGACGCGAACGGAAGCGUAGGCGCGAGGAGCGUGCGGAAGAGGAGGAGCUUGACGAGGACGAUCUGGACCUGAUCGGCGAGACGAUUCCCGAUGAGCGGCGUCAAUCAGAGCAGACCAAAUUCAAGCGUCUCAAGCGUGGUCACCGGGAUGAUCGGGCUGCAAACGAGGCGAGAGGCGUCGAGGAUAUCUUUUCUGACGAGGAUGAUGGAGAAGGUGGUGCCGGAACUGGACGCGUGCGCGGCGCGGCGUUCGGCACAUAUGACGAUGAGAUGAACGAUUUCAUCGAACAAGACGAAUUUCCGGAUGACGAGGGGGACCGACUUGACGAAGAUCUCGGCGUGCGAGCGCCCCGAAGAGCUGGAUAUGCCGAUUUACAGAAUUUGAAGGAUUCUGGCCUUGGCGAGGCGCAGCUUGAGGAUAUGCGUGGAGCUUUCGGAGAGGGCGAUGAAUUCGGCUGGGCACUCGAGGCAGAAGCAGAACACAACGAGGACCAGCUUGAUCCCGACAAGCCGCUAGAGCUCAAGGACGUAUUCGAGCCUUCUCAGCUCGAGGAGCGUAUGCUGACGGACAAAGACAAUGUUAUCCGAAUGACGGAUGUGCCAGAGCGAUUUCAGCUUGCUCGAAGUGCCUACAAGGAUAUCUCAGAUCUAUCGGACGAACAAAUGGCAGCACGUUCGGCCGAGGAAGCUGCCUGGAUUACGAGUAUCCUGUUUCCUCGCAAGCGUCUCGAGCCUCGACUACGUGGACCAUUCGAGGAAGCUGUCAGGCAGGUAUUGCAUUUCAUGAACGUGGAUGAUUACGAGCCAGCUUUCAUCUUCCAGAAUCGCAAAGACUACCUCAUUCACUCGGAAUCCAUAGCCGCCAACGGUGGCUCGGGCGAGACCGUCAAAGCCGAGAAGCUCCUCAACCAAACAGAUUUGUGGGAUAUUUUCGAGCAGGAUCUCAAAUUUCGUGCUUUCUCUGAGCGGCGAGAAGCUAUCCAAAAGAAUGUGGAGCUGUUGAAAGAGAUCGAAACAAACUUCGACGACACGAUAUUCGAUGACCUGAUUCCGCUUGCAGCACAACUGGAUGAUCUUCAGGACUUGCAAGAAUAUCUCAAUUUCAGUUAUUCCGUCCAGCUGAAGGAUCUCAGUAUCACCGACGCAGAAGUAAACGGGACGCAAAAGCGAGCGCGUGGCACCAGAAGCAUCUGGGACAAAGUCCGCACAGGGCCGGCUUAUCAAUUUGUGCGUGCGUUUGGUAUCACCGCAGACGGUGUAGCGCAAAAUGCCGAGAAGACCGGCCGCCGGGUCUACACUGAGGAUGUCGACAAGCGUCCAGAUGAUCUCGCGGACACUCUCGUCCGCGACCCAGAUUACAAAACUGGAAACGACAUCAUCUCAGCUGCAAAAGCCAUGUUCGUGGAAGAGAUCGUCGUUAGCCCACGUAUGCGCCGGCAUAUGCGCAAAAUCUACUACGAGCAUCUCGUGUUUGAUGUUUACCGUACCGAUAAAGGCCUGAAGCAAAUCGAUGAGCAAAGCCCGCUGUACGAGUUCAAGUACCUCAGGAACCAAGAAGUCCGCGUCUUCCUGGUCGAUCGCCCGGACCUCUUUCUACGCAUGCUCAAAGCGGAGACAGAUGGCCUAGUCGAGGUUCGGGUAAAGCUGCGAGACGAACGCCACAUCAAGGAGGACCUGCGCAAAGCCAUUGAGUCGGACAACUUCUCCGAAGUCGCUGACGCGUGGAACGCGAUGCGAAGGGAGGUCAUGGAUUCUGCUCUCGAGAAAUUACAUCGCAUCAUCUCACGAGGAGUGAAGGACAAUCUGAAGAAUGAAUGCGAAAACAAGAUUGCAGGAUACUGCAGGGAUGCUUUCACAGUCAAGCUCGACCAGGCCCCAGAUCGUCCCAAGGGAAUGGAGCUUGGUACAUGUGCACGAGUUUUAGCCCUCUCCAAUGGCAUGGGCAACCGUGGCGAUGCCAUCUGCUGGGCAUAUGUGGAUGAGAACGGGCGCGUGCUCGAAAAUGGCAAGUUCGCAGAUUUGCGAGUUGGAAACGAAGAGAAAUUGGUUGCCGAUGGCAAAGACGUGGCACCGUUUGUUGAGGUUGUCGAGCGUCGGAAACCCGACGUUGUCGCUAUCUCUGGAUUUUCUGUGGAGACACGUCGAUUACUGAAGGAUAUCCAAGAUAUCAUUGCGAAGCACGACUUGACGGGCACUCCGUACGAAGAUGAUGAUGAGCACGAACGCAGCGAUCCGCUGCAGGUCAUUGUCGCGCAGGACGAAGUCGCACGAAUCUACUACAACUCGGCUCGGGCUGCCGCAGACUUGCCGGGCAUGCCGCCGUUGACGAGAUAUUGUGUUGCUCUCGCUCACUACAUGCAAAAUCCUCUCAAGCAAUAUGCCACGUUGAAGAAAGAGUUGACCUCCAUCUCGUUCGAUCCCAAUCAAGGUCUGAUCCCCGAAGACAAGCUAAGAAGAUACCUGGAGACCGCGCUUGUGGACAUCGUCAAUUUGGUCGGUGUUGAUCUCAACGAGGCCAUGCAGGACACUUAUACUCAGAACCUGCUUCCUUACGUGUGUGGUCUUGGUCCUCGAAAAGCCGAUCAGCUCGUGAAGACCAUAUCGGCUAAUGGGGGUGAAGUGACCUCCAGAGAGGAGCUCGUUGGUGAUGUAGAAAGAGGCAAGAGGCAAGCUGUGGGCCCGAGAAUCUUCACGAAUUGCGCCAGCUUUCUCUACAUCACCUGGGAAGACGAGCCGGAAGCAGAUUACUUGGACAAUACGCGUAUUCAUCCCGAAGACUAUGACAUUGCGCGCAAAAUGGCAGCCGAUGCGCUUGAAUUGGACGAGGAAGAUAUUAGAGCAGAGCAGGACGAGCACGGCCCCAAUGCUGUCGUACGAAAGUUGGUCAAGGACGAACAGUCUGACAGAGUCAACGACCUUGUCCUCGAGCAAUAUGCUCAACAAUUGGAGACUGAGUUCAGGCAAAGGAAGCGAGCCACGCUUGAGACCAUUCGUGCCGAAUUGCAAAACCCUUACGAAGAACUCCGACGAAACUUCAACUCACUGACCACUGACGAAACAUUCACUCAACUUACGGGCGAGACCCGCGAUUCGUUGGCGGAUGGCAUGAUAGUACCCGUCUCGAUUCGUCGGACUUUCGUUGACCAUAUUGAAGUCCGCCUGGACUGCGGUGUCGAAGGAGGCGUCUCCAAUAGUGAAUAUCCUGAGGAUCUUGUGUCAAGCGGGUUGGAAGCACGCCAGGUCUACACCAUGGGUCAGGUGAUUCAAGCCAAGCUGACCUUCCUGGACCGGAAGAAGUUUACUGCGCAACUUACUUUGAGGGAAAACGAGCUCAAGAAUCCCUAUCGCCGCAACUUUGAUCAUGGCAUCGAUGAAUGGGACGACGAUCAAGAGGCCCGUGAUCGGCGAGAGGCGAAGAAAGCCAGUGAGUCGAAGGGGGGCCGGGCUCAGCGUGUUAUCAAGCAUCCCUUGUUCCACCCCUUCAACUCACGCCAGGCCGAGGAAGCACUCAGGACCCAAGGUCGUGGUGAUUGUGUGAUCAGGCCUUCUUCCAAGGGACCUGAUCAUCUGGCUGUAACAUGGAAAGUCGCUGAUGGCAUCUACCAACACAUCGAUGUGCUGGAACUGGACAAAGAGAACGAAUUUAGUGUCGGUAAGACUCUUCGCGUGGCCGGCAAAUUCAACUACAGUGAUCUUGACGAGUUGAUCGUGCUUCAUGUGGCGGCCAUGGCCAAAAAGGUGGACGAGAUGUUCAAUGAUGAGCGCUUCCAGAGCACCACCAAACAACAGACUGAGCAAUGGCUGACGACGUACACUGAGGCCAAUCCUAAGCGUUCCAUGUACGCCUUCUGCAUCGAGCCUAAACAUCCGGGAUACUUCUUCCUGUGUUUCAAGGCAGGCCAGGCAGCACCACUUGCAUAUUGGAAUGUCAAAGUCAUCCCCAAAGGAUUCGAGCUCAGGGGAAACAGCUACCCCGACAUGCGCGCGCUGAAGAAUGGCUUCAAGACGCUCUUCUCCAAUCAGGGGCUACCUGCCAAUGGCCGGCGAUGA